GAGGUCGUUCAAUCAUUGAAUACCGCGACAUUGAUUUUCAUUUUUUGCUUACUAAAUUAAAUGUUUCGUUGCCGAAUGAAAAUAAGAAUUUGUGUUAAACAUAUUUUACUUGAUUCGAAGACCAACGUCAAGUUGACUUUAUCAAAACGAUCAAUAUAACUAAGUUUUUUAUAUUGUAUCACAAAAGUGAUAUAAACUUUCAAGACUAACAAUUUUUCAAAAACAUGUCAUCUCAACUUAGCAAAGACGCUUCAACAAAUUUUCUGCCAAAAAUCUACACAAACGAUCCAAUACUCUUUCGAAGUUAUGUCAAUAAAAAAGUUACCCUUACUACCGAAGAUGGAAAUGUUCACAUUGGCAUUGUUUAUACUAUCGACCCGGUGUCCGAAAGUGUCGUACUGAUGCAAUCAAAAGGUGGAGAAGAUGCAAUGCUUAUGAAAAUUAUUAUGCGAUCUGCUAUCAAAAGCAUUGAUUGCUCUUUUGAAAACGAAAUGCCUUUGCCUGAAAUGUUCGUCACCCCAAUCGAGAAGAUGUCUAAGGAAGAGUUACUGGAACGUAGAAAUUCAGUUUUUAAAUUAUUAACUGAUAGUCAGUUUCCCGUCACAGAAGAGAAUGGUAUUUUGCUAAUUGAAGAUACUGUGCGCAUUGAGCCUCCUUAUCGUCCAGAAAAUUGCAUAUGUUUGAACAGCACAAUAUUAAGUAGAAUGCAAGACAUUGUAAGUCGUGCUUACAAUUAAGUUGUUAAUAAUUUGUGAGUAAACGAUCAGGUUAGUUUAUUUUAUUUAUUUUAUGUUUUCUAGUUAGAAUUUUACAGAACUAAUUAAUGUUAUGAAUGAAGAAUGUUGAUGAACAUACUAAGCAAAUAUUUAUUGUGUUUUGCUUAUCCAAAUGAUAGUUUACAUGUUAGUUGUGCGAUAAAUUAUUCUUUAACAAAGUUUUCUCUCGUUGGAAUUAGAAAUGUAUAUAUUGGAAUAACAAUGUAAUUCUAUGUUUCUUUCACAAGUAAGUUAAAAAGAACUUUUAAGAGAACUAUGAAAAGCUGAUUUUAACAUAUGAGUUUAUUAAAUGUAUAUCAUAUUAUUUAAAAAACUCAUAAGAUUAUAAAGUAUUAAAGGAAGGCUUUACCAUUCGACAAUUUCUAAAAUUUGUCUCAUUAUGACACAUAUAGCAAGCCUUCUUGUAUGUAUUGAAAAAUUUUACACGAAUGUAUUUACAUGUAUAUAGUUUUCAUAAUAAUUUAUAAAUAUAUACAUUCAAUU